AUGGAUCAUAGAUUUGUUUCUUCAACAGAUUUGGAAGAAGCUAAACGUAAAAGGGCAGAAGAAUGGAAAGCUGCUUAUGAACGACUUGGGCAAAAACCACCCGAAAAAGAAAAAGAAGAAUAUGAUCCUCGCACGUUAUAUGAAAGAUUACAGGAACAAAAAAUGAAAAAAGAAGAAGCAUUUCAAGAGAUGACGCGGUUUAGUAACUUGGUACAUAGACUUGAUGAAGAUGAAAUUGAAUUUUUAGCAAUGUUAGACAAUGAAGAAAAAAUUAAAGAAUUGGACAAAUCAAAAAAAGUAGAAAAGGAACUUGAAGAAUUUAGACGUAAUAAAUUAAAUUCAAAACAUGAUGUACAACAAAAGAUUCUUGCUAAUGCAAUUAAAAAAUCUAAUAAAGAUGAUCAUGACAAUCAUGAUAAAAGUGAUAAAAACCAUAAGAUUAAAGACCAUACCAAAGAUUCAAAAGAACAAUCAAGAGAUGUAAAACGUACAAAAAUAGAAAAUAGUGAAGAAAUAUCUGAAAAUAUAAAAGAUGUUGAAGGUUCUUCUUCAAAUGUCAAAUCAAAUAUAAACAAUAAAUCAUAUUCACAAAAC